AAAAAUGACUCCUUACACAAUUGCCUGCAUCAAGAACAGUGAAGAAUUUAUUUAUUGUAAUGUGCUGCGCUCUACCGCCCAUUUUCGUAGACGGCUGAGUCCUAGUGAUCCUGCAAUACUUAGAUAACUACUAGUGGGUUCUUACUUAUCAACUGUUACUUCAAGUUUCUAUAUAUGAUUGAUAUAUCGUUGUACUUUGUUGCACAUCUUUGCGCUUAACGUAUUAGGAUAAAAAAUUCAAUUUUUUCGCCCCACACCUACGAAAUUUUAUUACUCUGAAAUCAUUUCUAUGAUUGGAAUUUCGAGUAAAUAAGAUGCAGUUUUUGUAAUUUGCUAUUGCCAGCUGUUUCGAUGUUAAACUGUAAGCUCGCAGUUGGUACUAUCUAAUUGUAAGUUUUUCAUUCAAUUAAUGCCGGUUUGUAUUUACACGUGGAUUGUUAGAGUGUAUAUGAUAUAUUUUUAACAAUAUGUCUCAAACGAAUUUGGAGAAAUAUCAUAAACGAGCUGAGAUUGCGGAGAGGGAAAUUGAGAAAUUGAAAAGAGAUAUUCAGUUGCUCCAAGACAGUGGUUUAACUAUGUCAAAUGAUAUGGAAAACGUGGACACUGAUGUUGGAAAGUUGGAGCAGGAAAACAUUAAGCUGAAACACCGAUUGGCUAUACUUAAAAGGGCAGUAGAAGCUGAAAGUUCAAAGAAUAAUGCUGUACCUUCAAUAGAUUCAAAUACUUUGAUCAGUAUACAAGAUGCUUUGUCUCAUCUUUUUAAAGAGGCAAUUAUUGCCACUUAUCCUGAUUUACCAGAUCCACCUGUAACAAUAGCUAUUGCUGGUAAUCCUAAGUUUGGGGAUUAUCAAUGUAACAGCGCUAUGUCUAUCAGCAAGCUACUUAGUGCCCAAGGAAUCAAAGCUUCCCCAUAUGAUGUAGCUAGUAAAAUACAAUCUAAUGUCAGUCCAUCGCCUUAUGUAGAGAAAUUAGAAAUCGCUGGAGCUGGUUUCAUUAAUAUAUUCUUAAAACAAGAUUUUGUAAAAAUCCUUUUGAGCUCCUUAGUAAAAACUGCAAAGGUUUUACCACCAGUUACUGAAAAGAAAAGGGUUGUAGUAGAUUUCUCCAGUCCCAAUAUUGCAAAGGAAAUGCAUGUUGGGCAUUUGAGGUCUACCAUCAUUGGUGAAAGUAUUUGCAGACUCCUAGAGUAUUUAGGACAUGAUGUGUUGAGGCUCAAUCACGUGGGUGAUUGGGGAACACAAUUUGGAAUGUUAAUAGCACAUCUUCAAGACAAGUUUCCAAAUUAUUCGACAGAGUCUCCACCGAUAUCUGAUUUACAGAGUUUUUAUAAAGAAUCGAAAGCUAGAUUUGAAGAGGACACAGAAUUUAAAGCUCGAGCAUACGAAUGUGUCGUAAAACUUCAAAAAUUUGACCCUGAAAUAAUAAAAGCAUGGCAAUUGAUUUGUGAUGUAUCAAGAAAAGAUUUUCAAAAGCUUUACGAACGAUUAGAUGUCAAGAUAAUUGAAAGAGGUGAGUCCUUUUACCAGAAACACAUGGAGACAAUUGUUAAGGACUUGGAAUCAAAAGGUCUCCUCGAAGAGGAUGAAGGUCGAAAGAUCAUGUGGGGAGAGGAACCCAAUGUGGGAGUCCCUUUCACAAUCAUAAAAUCGGAUGGAGGUUUUACGUACGAUACAUCAGAUAUGGCUGCAAUAAAGCAGCGUGUCGAGGAGGAAAAUGCUGAUUGGAUCGUUUACGUCACUGAUGCAGGACAAUCUGUUCAUUUCCAAACACUGAUUAAGUGUGCAAAGAGAGCCAAAAUUAUAACAGAGAAACACAGAAUUGAUCAUGUUGGUUUUGGAGUAGUAUUAGGCGAGGAUAACAAGAAAUUCAAAACCCGAUCUGGCGAUACUGUGAAACUUAGCGAUUUGCUCGACGAAGGAUUGAGAAGAGCAAUGCAAACUCUUCUGGAUAAAGAACGAGAUAAGGUAUUGACAAAAGAGGAACUAAAGAUCGCCCAGAAAUCUAUAGCGUAUGGAUGUAUAAAAUACGCUGAUCUGUCCCAUAAUCGAAAUCAUGAAUACGUAUUCUCCUUUGACAAAAUGUUAGAAGACAAAGGCAACACUGCAGUGUAUUUACUUUAUAAUUUCACAAGAAUUCGUUCCAUAGCACGUACUGCUAAUGUAUCGCAAGAAGAGUUGAAGAAGGCAGCAGAAACUAAUCCUAUCACCUUGGAUCAUCCAAAAGAGUGGAAGCUGGCAAAAGUUUUGCUGAAGUUUCCUGACGUUCUUCAAAAGAUAGUGAAGGACCUUUGCCUUCAUUAUCUCUGCGAGUAUUGCUAUGAAAUAGCAUGUGCGUUUAGUGAAUUCUAUGACAAUUGCUAUUGCAUUGAGAAGAAUCAACUUAAUGAAGUUGUUAAAGUUAAUAUAAGUCGAUUGUUAAUUGCCGAAGCAACUGCUAUAAUAUUUGAGCAGUGUUUCGAUUUGCUAGGACUGAAACCAGUGUCACGGAUUUGGUGAGGUACUUGCUGCUAAGGGGGUCAGUUAGUGUGGUUAGUUGCCGGAUGGUGGAUAUAUGUUGAGCCGCAUCCCACGUGUAUCCGUGGUCCAUUAUCAAAUAGCGUUCCACU